AUCCACCUGAGUAAGCUUUGUUUGGUGGCGACAGGAUCAGACGGUUCGCUAGCUGCAUUCCUGCUCGGGGUCAUCCAGCUUGCCUCUUCUGCCCCCUGGAGGUAAGUGGAGAGGGGCCCCCUCUUACCACGCACGCACCAAAGGCAGGUAUGGAGAAAGUGGGUAGCAAAAUAAGUUUUCUCUCUCUUAAUCAUUACUAAAAUCAGGAGCCCCAUCCAGGAGGUUCAGAACAGCUGUAGGAAAGGACUGCCGCUCCCAAUUAUCUUGCGGAACAUGCUGCCACAACAUGCUGUUCACACAUCAUACUGAGCUCAGCUACAAACUUGCCUCUAGACAUUUGCAAGUGUUUGUGUGGAACAGUGUGUGCCCCCUUGAUUUGUACAGCUCAGCUAUUUGCAUACAGAUUGUACGCAUGUUGGAUGUUAUUGGAAGACCUCUAAGGUAUGGGCUGUGGCAAUGGUAGCCCCUGGGUUUUAGUGAUCUGAAAAGAAGUUUGGGUUAGGAUCAGAGUUCUGUCCAUGACUACUAGUCAUGAUGGGGAAAUGGAACUUCCACAUUCAGGGGCAGUGUAUCUCUGUGCAUUCAAGAGUGUCAGUUGCUGGGCAGCAAUAUUAAGAUGUGGCUGUUGCUUUCAUGUCCUGUUUAUUGGCCUCAGCAGCCAGCAGUUGGUUGGCUGCUGUGUUGGGGAGCUCUUUUUAUAUGAAUAUAUAUAUGUGUGUGUAUAUAGGCAUUAAUGGAGUUUUGACUAUUGGCCAACAUGCUGCCUGUCGGUUCCCUCGUGAUAUCAACAUGGCUGCUAGCCAUGACAGUUAUAGAGCAUCAAGGUUCAGGAGCAGUCUAUCUUCAAAUGCCAAUUAGAUGGGAAGCAAUGGUGGGAGCAGGCAGUUGCUUUCAUGCCCUGCCUGUUGAAUCCUUGCAGGUCGUUAUGGGAAAUGGGAAGCAGAUAUUUCAUGGGAUCUGGGUCUGAUCCAGCAUGGCUCUUUUAUUUUCAUUCAUACAAAGUGGUGCUCUGUUUGUUUGUUUGUUUAUUUAUUUAUUUUAUUGAUUAAAUGUUUAUACGUAAUAUGAACUUUUCAUAAAAGUGAAUCAAGUCAACAAAAUCAUAAUCAGUAAAAAGCAAAAUAAAACAUAAUAAAAAACCCAGUAAAACAACAGUAAAUACCAGUAGGUUAAAAGAAAAUUUUAUCCUGCGGAGGCCUGUCUAAGCGGUAUAGUUUUUAGAAGGUGUUUGCCAAACCUCUACUGGCAGGGAGUUCCCCAGGGCAGAUCCUGCCACACUAAAGGCUUGCUCCUAGUGAACACCAACCUCAGAGAUGUGGGGCACCACUGGAAGUGCCCCAUUAAGAGGUUCUCGGCUACUGAGAUGGCGAGUAAGGGAUCAGGUAAUCCUGAAGGUACCCUGGGCUCAGGCUGUCUAGGACUUUGUGGAUUAACACAAGUACAGUGGUACCUUGGGUUACAUACGCUUCAGGUUACAGACACUUCAGGUUACAGACUCCGCUAACCCAGAAAUAGUACCUCGGGUUAAGAACUUUGCUUCGGGAUGAGAACAGAAACCGUGCGGCGGCAGCGGGAAGCCCCAUUAGCUAAAGUGGUACCUCAGGUUAAGAACAGUUUCAGGUUAAGAACGGACCUCCAGAACGAAUUAAGUUCUUAACCUGAGGUACCACUGUACCUUGAACCUGGUAUGGUAGCAAAAUGGCAAUCAUUGUAGUUUUCUUUCUGCUCUGAUUUGCAGAGAACGACUUGUGUCUUGGCUUCACUGUAGGCUGAGAUAACGGCAGCAUUCCUUGUCAAAAUGAUGGUACACCUGCCAUGUGUCCCCAGGCAAAGCAUUUAUUUAGAGCAUUUGCAGCCUGCUCUAGAGGAGAAAAGCAAACUCUGGCACCAAUUCUUAAACUGAUUGCCACAGCCACCAAUGGCAGUUUCAUUUAUUUAACAACUACUACUACUACUACUACUUUAUUAUUUCUAUCUUGCCCAUCUGGUUGUGUUUCCCCAGCCACUCUGGGUGGCUUUCAACAGAACAUUAAAAACAGAAUAAAACUUCAAACAUUAAAAACUUCCCAAAACAGGCUGCCUUGAGAUGUCUUCUAAAAGUCAGAUAGUUGUUUAUUUCCUUGACAUUUGAAGGGAGAGCAUUCCACAGGGUGGGUGCCACCAUCAAGAAGGCCCUCUGCCUGGUUCCCUGUAACCUUGCUUCUUGCAGUGAGGGAACCGCCAGAAGGCUCUCGGAGAUGGACUUCAGUGUCUGGGCUGAAUGAUGGAGGUGGAAACGCUCCUUCAGGUAUACUGGGCCAAAGCCGUUUAGGGCUUUCAAGGUGAGCACCGAAACUUUGAAUUGUGCUCGGAAAUGUACUGGGAGCCAAUGCAGGUCUUUCAGGACCUGUACUAUAUGGUCUCAGAGGCCGCUCCCAGUCACCAGUCUAGCUGCCGCAUUCUGGAUUAGUUGUAGUUUUACUACUAUAAAUUGCACAAAAUGUUUUGUGCAUCCGUGCCUAAUCUCGCCCUGAAUGAAUGAAUCUUUAUUUGCGUCAGCCAUUGGCCAUAGCAAUAAAACAAUAAUAUGAUAUACAAAGAAUAGAAAUAAAAAGUCGAUUAUAUAAAAUAAAUUUUAGGGUUUUGAAUUAAAUAGUGAAAUAGUGGAUCUUAUUUUGAUUGCCCCAGCUAAAAACCUUGCAACCUUUGCUGUCACCUGCUCCUCUUGAUCUGCCAAGAUAAAGGACACUGUGGCAGUGGUUGGGCGACCUGGAAUGGACAAUAAAAGAGGGGUGAUAAUCUCUCCCUUUUCUACUUUUUUUUUAUUAGUGUGUGUUUUUCUUUUUGUAAAUCUACCAAAUUUUGUAAAUCUACCAAAAUAUAAAAUAAAAUUGGGAUUAAGGUUUUUUCUCAGGACGGUGGAAGGCGUGUGUGCUGUGUGCCGUUGGUGAAGUGGUGGUCUUCUUCUUCUGAUAGGACAUGCUGGGGGUGUGUGGAAUGGGGGUUUGAGGAGGGUUAGCUGAAAAUGUCCCUAUUUUCACCUGAGGAAUGUUGGAGGGAAUGUUAGACCAGCUUCCUCUUUGUUAUCCUUCCACAGGUAGGCUAAGGCCUACCUGUCCAGACAGACCUUUGGAAAUUUAAGGAGCAGGCGACACUGAUCACUGACUGGGCUGUGGUCCAGACAAGCAGGAUUUUAGUAACUGGUUCCAAAUGUGUUCUGAUGUAUUUCAAUUAUUGUUUUUAACUAGUCUGUUUUUAUGACUCUAUAUUUUACAACUGAAGUUUUUAAAUGCUGUGAGCCACCUUGAAUCCCAAUUUGGGAGUAAGGUGGGAUAGAAAUGUAAGAAAUAAAGAAAGAAAGAAAGAAAGAAAGAAAGAAAGAAAGAAAGAAAGAAAGUCUGGGGAAAUUUCCUGAGGGCCAGACAAAGAGGUAUGGAGGGCCGUAUUUGGUUCUCAGGUCUGAGGGAUACAGCAAACAUCCCACACACAUAGCAGCAACACAUUUGCCUCCCCAAUGUAAUAAGAGUAUAGCAAUGCUCAACCGAUCUCUUAAAGCUCCAUCAUUUUAACAGUUUCAUAGAAAAGAGAAUUCUGGCCAGGACAGAUUCUCUAGUUUCUGCAGCACUGAGAGGUGAUAAACCCCAUCUGUAAAGUUCCCUCAUCCACAAACGACAAAUGGUUCCGCACCUCAUAUUCCAGGCAACUAUUCUGCUUAUGUUUCCUCUCCUUGCUACUAUUUCCCAUGAUCUUUUUUGUUUAUAUGAUGUUUUAUUCUGAUUUGGUUUCAUCAAUUGUUUGUAGCUAUAAAGAGAAAGCAAGAUACGUGUUUAUUAUAAUAAUGAUUUUAAAAGUGAUUUCCAAAUAAGUCAUGUACAGAGGAAGUAAAAAAAUAGAUGGGCUUAAGUGUGACUAGCAUCUGGAUAUGAUUAUGUUGAUACAGUACAAAUAAACCAUUAUUUGGAUAAGAUUAUGUUGACAUACAGUACAAAUAAAUCAUAUACAGAGCAGACCCAUGGAAAUCAAAGGGAAAGUAUGACUCACAUUGCCAAUUACAUAAUUAUUAUCAUCAUUAUAGGAGCUCUGUCCUCCCUCAGGUGUAUUCCUGCCAAUCAUUUUCUCUACAUAAAAUAAAAAUGGUGAGUGAUACCAUGGAAUGAACCACCUUAGGUCCAGGGUCUACUUAGGAAGCUGUCAUGAUGACAGCUAGGUAGAAUAUUGAUCUACCUAGCUCAGUAUUGUCUACACUGAUUGGCAGCGGCUCUCCAGGGUUUCAGACGGGGAGUUUUUCCCAGUAGUACAUGGGUAGGAAUUUAACUUGGGACUUCCUGCAUGCAAGGCAAAUGCUCUACCACUGAGCAACGACACUUCCCUCCUUGUGUGGGACACCUACCAGUUGACUACCAAUUACAGACCAGGCCCCUAGCUCAGUAGAGCAUGAGAUUCUUAACCUCAGAGUUUCAGAAUCGUGGGUUUGAGCCCCAUGUUGGAGGAAAAGAGUCCUGCAUUGCAGGGAGUUUAAGUAGAUGACCCCCGUGGUCCCUUCCAACUCUUAAGAUUCUAUGACUUUCUAUGAGUGAGUGACUCUGUGGUUAAUAUAAGAUUAAUACUGUAAUAAUAAUAAUAAUAAUAAUAAUAAUAAUAAUAAUAUUUUUUAAUUUAUACCUCACCCUUCCUGGUUCAAAAACCGGGCUCAGGGCGGCUAACAACAAAUUUAAAACACUUAAUUGUAAAAGCAGCAUAAAAUACUGUGUAAAAACAUGAAUAACAAUAAAAUUCAAAGUUCAGAAAUCACUUCGCGGGAAAUCCAUAUAAUAAGCAUUCAAUAGUCACCAGGGCCAGCUGGCUGAAUUAGUCCUACUUGGGCCAGCAAGGAGGCCAGGGGAGAAUUAGCUGUGGGGUCUCAGAGUGGGUGAUCUUCAUAAAAGGGGAGGGGGAGGGAAGAGAAGGGAAAUAAAAGAUCAGGCUGAGUACAAAUUAAAGGCCAGGCGGAAUAGCUCUGUCUUACAGGCCAGACAGAAGGAGAUUAAAUCCUGAAGGGCCCUAGUCUCAUGGGACAGAGCAUUCCACAUGGUCGGAGCCAUCACUGAAAAGGCCCUGGCCCUGGUGGAGGAUAGUCUGACUUCCUUAGGGCCUGGGACCUCUAAACUAUGGUUAUUCAUGGACCUUAAGGUCCUCUGCGGGGAAUACCAGGAGAAGCGGGCCCGUAAACACGAGGGCCCUAAGCCACAAAGGGCUUUAAAGGUCCAUGAAUUUAGGCUGCAAUAUUGUACACACCCAGGAGCAAUGGAUACUAGUCCAUUAGUGCAAAUAUGGCUCAGUCUCACUGACUUCAGUCUGCCCUCAGCCACUUCCCCGCUUCCUGCCUUCCUACUUACAACCAGUCCAGGAGAUGGCCCAAGCUGCCAGCUUACUUCCUCUCCUUAGUCUCAGUGUUGCCUUUAACUCUGCAGGGAAGAGCAUGGGGAUAAAACUUACCUGGCUCUGCCUGUCAGCAGCUAUGGCGCCACCCUCUGUUUAGCUCCCUGCCUUCUGCCCUACCAGUCCCAAUGAGCACCAGCCAACACAGCCUGGAAAUAACUUGCAUUAAACUCAGUGGGGCUGCACUGUUAAACUUGUGGCUCAUUCAGAUUACAUUUGUAAUCACUAAGGCUACCAUACACCAUGCAUUUAACACACACACACACACACACACAGAGAGAGAGAGAGAGAGAGAGAGAGAGAGAGAGAGAGAGAGAGAGAGAGAGAGAGAAUAUCAUAGGAACUGUUGCUUGACAAGGUCUCUCUCUGUGUGUCUCUCCAGCAGUACAAUGGCAGAUUCAGAAGUGCAGGGUCCCUUCACGGUAAUCACCCAAGCCUUCUAUGAUUACCAGGAACAAGCUUAAAACUUUACUCUGCUUAUAUUAGAACUGGAUGUUUAAUCCAGCUCUUGCAGAACACCAGCCAGCAGUCUCAAUCAAAAACAGUGAUAGGCUGAUCAGAGAGGAGAUAAGCAUUCUUUCUAAUAAAGUCCUUUACAAGGAUCAGUGCAAGUAAAAUAAAACAGGGGGGGGAGAACCAGUGCUUUUAAAAGUGAAUUAUUAUACACAGCAUAUAUGGGUGCUGCUUUGCAUAUCGUUCCGGAAACAAUAUUGUCCAAGGCCAGCCUCCUUUCAAAAUGCAGAAUAUCACCUUUGUAGGAGGACAGAUAAUAUUGCAUGUUAUGCACAGGAGUCAGCAGCUUGAUGAGUUUCAGAUGUUUUUUCUUGUCAGUCUGUUACUAAUAGAACACCGGCUUCUAACUAAGGCCACAUUCAUACAUUUAAAGCACCACUAUACCACUUGAAAUAGUCAUUAAGUUCCCUCAAAGAAUUUGGGAUUCCCAGAGUUCCUGUGAAGAGAUACUGACUGUUAAACCACUCUGAGAAUUGUAGCUCUGGGGGGGUAAUGGGAUGUCUCCUGACAUCUCUGAGCACCCUCAACAAACUACAAACUUCACAGAAUUCUUGGCAGGAAGCCAUGACUGUUUCAAGUGGUACCGUAGCACUUUAAAUGUAUGGUGUGGCCCAAUAAUGUAUUGAUUCUGCCUUCAGAUUCCGAUGAUGAUCCUUGAAGAAAGUUGAAGCAGAAGAGCUUGUAAGAGCAAGACGGGGGUUGAUUUUGGGGGAACUUUCCUUGUUUUUAAAGGGUAGAAGCAGCAGUGCAGCCCCAGGAACAGGCCCGUUUCCUCAGCACCCUCAUACAGUCACCCUAGACACAUUUACCUGGGAGGAAGUCCCUUUGUACUCCAUGGAUCUUCUCCAUUGAGUGGAAAGGGACUUCCUCCCUGGUACAGAAGCUGUUCUAGGGCAGCUCCACCGGUUCACCCACACAGGGCACUGAGUGGAGAGUGCGCCCAGUAACCACUUACCUCCUUCCCAAAGCCUAGUUAGCGCUUCCCCAGCUUUGGGAAUGGGAUGGGAGGGUUCGCACCUCCUUCCCAAAGCCGAGGACAGUGGCCUAGCUCAGGGGACCAUAGUACCAAAGUCCAGCCCUACCAGGCAAAUGUGAUAUGAUGACUUAAUGCGACCAUAAAUACAGUCAUGCAUCUCUUUAUCAUCUAGGCUGUCUGCUUGUUGAUGUUAAAUGUCAGACAGGUACCUAAGGUUGAGUUUUUACUCAGUAAAGACUGCAGACUGCAUUUUCUUUCAUUUGUUUGGAAGAUUAGUAGUUCAAGGGCACUACGUUUAGGGGUCGGCAUUGUACAGGAGCAACAGGCCCCUUCCGAACAACACACACUCCAGUGGGGGGCUGGAUGACUGCAAUUCUGCCCUUCUUCCCAUGGGCAUAGUCAAGUGGGGGGGGAGCUGACCCCCCAAUCAAUAAAAAUAAAUAAAAAUGCAUAGGUAACUGAGGUCCUGCUCCCCCCCUUUCCUACUUCCUUCCCCUCCCAGAGAUCUGAACUGAUUACUUGCAGAGGGAUUUUGGGUAGGGGAUAUCUCCCAGCCCCACCUGGAGAUUGUGAGAAUUGGGAAUUUCUGCAUGCAAACUACUCCUCAGCUAUGGCCCUUCCCCUAAAUAUAAUUUUUUAUAAAGCAAGAGUCCUGAACAAAGAGCUGUUUCUUUAAAAUAGGAACAUAGACAGCUGCCUGACCAGCAUCAGUCAGACCCAUUGGUCUUUCUAGCUCCAUAUAGUGGACACUGACUGGCAGCAGCUCUCCAGGGUUUCAGGCCUGUCCCACCUAUUACUGGAGGUGCUGGGGAUUGAACCUGCAGCCUUUUGCCUGCAAAGGAGAUACCCUACCACUGAAGAUUCCACCCCUUGUGCCAAAGAUCUGGAUGGAUGACAGUGCUUGCGGAAUAAGGUUCCAGUCCUCAUGGUUCUGAGUAUGAAUAGAAAGCUGCCUUGUACCAAGCAAGACCAUUGGUCCAUCUAGCACAGUAUUGUCUACACUGACUGGCAAUGGCUCUCCUGGCUCUUUUCCCAGUCCUAUCUGGAGAUGCUGCUGGGGAUUGAGCCUGGGACCUUCUGCAUGCAAAGCAGAUGUUCUACCGUUGAGCUGUCCCUUCCUCAGCAUUAGGCUAUUACUCAUAUCACAGGUGCGAGUGUGGUUUUAGAGUAAAAAAUUUUUUAUCCCUACUUCCCCAUGUACCUUCAGCCUUCCUCCACACAAACACACACACACACAGAGAGAGAGAGAGAGAGAGAGAGAGAGAGAGAGAGAGCGAGCGCGCUAUAUUUUCUUGCUUUCCAUGUCUGCCACUGAACCGACCAAACUUCCUGGAUUUUUCCAUAUACCUUUGUUUCAAGUGAAAUGACGCAAAAACACACUGCACCUAACCUUUCGAAAGCGAGACUUGAGUCUUAUCGCACGAUCCAUCUUCAUUAAAUAAUAAUAAUAAAAGUAGUGACAGACCUCAGCUGACAACGUGACUGUGUGCAUUAGACAUUUAAAGUGUUUUUUAAAAUAUUCUGCUCUUGCAGGAGAACAACCUGCCAGGCCGCUGUAAACUUGUUCAAACAGCAAUGUUCUUGCGCUGUAAGAGAUGUCAACGCCACUAUUUUAAAGGGCAUAGGAGGCUGUUGCAGCCCAGAUGUUAUCUUGCAAACUCCCCUGACUGAACCCUGAGCCCCAAUUAAAGGGGAUGUCAUGCGUGCCAUACCCUUAACUGGAAGGGCAGGAUACCAAAGGAUGACCAAUUCAUUUAUCAUAAAUUUAUUUACAUUAUUACAUGUGGCAUUACAGUAUUUAUGUUUACUUGUGGGAUUAACUUACCCCAUACAUGCCAACUUGACAACUUCACUCUCAGGAAUCAGCACUCUUACAAGUGCAAUGCAAUACUUGCUCCACACCUGAAAGAAAUUGAAAUUUUAGCUUGGGGGCACUUACACUUUGGAACUCCCUGCCUAUUGACAGCAGGUGGGCGCCUUCCACAUCUAUUUAAAACAUUUUUGUUUAGUCAAGCCUAUCCAGACAUGUAGAUGUGACUUGUUUUAUUUUUAGCAAGCGUUGAUUUUAAUCAUCUUUUGAAUAUUUUGAAUACCUGGUUUUUAUCAAUAAUUUCAAUGUUUUCUUUUAUAUAAUUGUAAACUGCGUAGCUGUUCUUGUUUUUCUGGACACCACAGUUUAAGAAAGAUAUUGACAAGCUGGAGGUUUAGGAUCAGAGUUUUCCUUCUCCUAUAUGGGCUGCCUUCCCAGGUUGGCAAGUUCCAUCUGCCCCUCACUUCCCUCUACAGCACAUGCAGAAACCACCUUCUUGACCAUUGGACCCACUAUUGGUCCCAUCUGCUCAACCCGCCGGAGCCUGUCUUUGCAUUCAGGGAAGUCCCUAACUCACCAAGGGUUUGAGACCCAUCAGCUACCUUCACUAGGUUUAGCUGGCCAGUUGAAGCCAUUCCUGGGUUGUGGCCGCUGUCACAUGCUGACAACUUCUAGGAGCCACACAUGAGAGCUAGGUGCAGAGUCGGGGCCAAAGGAGGACAAACUACCCCAGAAGGACAUGAUGUGUCACCCACCAGAGGUACUACCUCUCCCCUAACACUCCAUACACCCCAUUGUUAGAUAUAAUAGAAUUAAUAGAAUACGGGGUGGCGCUGUGGUCUAAACCACUGAGCCUCUUGGGCUUGCCAGAAGGUCGGUGGUUUGAAUCCCCACGACGGGGUGAGCUCCCGUUGCUCGGUCCUAGCUCCUGCUAAUCUAGCAGUUCAAAAGCAUGCCAGUGUAAGUAGAAAAAUAGGUACUGCUCCGGCAGGAAAGUAAACAGUAUUUCCGGGCGCUCUGGUUUCUGUCAUGGUGUUCAGUUGUGUCAAAAGCAGUUUAGUCAUGCUGGCCACAUGACCUGGAAAGCUGUCUGUGGACAAACACCAGCUCCCUCGGCCUGAAAACAAGAUGAGAGCUGCAACCCCAUAGUCGCCUUUGACUGGACGUAACCGUCCAGGGGUCCAUUACCUUUUACUUUAAUGAAUAGAAUAGAAUAGAAAUAUAUGAUGUGGGGCUUCUCCAAAUGGCCCAUUCAUUCAGAAUUAAUCCCAAUUUCCUUACACAAAGUUUAUGUGAUGGUUAGACUAGGUCUGGCUUUAUUGAGUAUUUGUCCUGCUUUGUUUGUGGGGAAGUUACAUGACAAGGAGCAUUCAUUCUGAGUUUAUCUUGAUCUGCUUACAGAUUAUUUACUUGUCUUCCCAUUAGUCAUUUGUUCAUCCCACACUUUCCAAUGUGUUUUUCUGUCACUUUCUAAAACAUAAAAAGUCAUUGAAAAAAAAUUGAAAACAUAGGAAGCUGCUUUAUACUGAGUCAGACCCAUUGGUUCUUCUAGUCCAGUAUUGUCUGCACUGGCUGGCAGUGGCUCUCCAGGGAUUCAGGCAAGAGAACAUUUCUGGCCCUGCCUGGAGAUGCCAUUGGGGAUUGAACCUGGGACCUUCUGCAUGCAAAGCAGGUUCUCUGCCCCUUCCUCACAGGACUCAGUCAUCAGGCUCCCUCAGCAUUCUCUUUGCCAAUCUUCCCAGGGCAUGUUAGAAUAGGUGUACAGGACUCCUGGUCUGCUGCCUUAAUUAGUGUGCCUCCACCCUGGCCAUUUCAACCAAGCCACAUCAAGUGUUGGGCAUGUAAGGUUGCAGCCAACCCAAAAGGGGUUUUUCAGGAAGUAUCAAUCAGCUGACCAGUGGCACAUGCAAAGCCCUGUGCACCCAGAUACACAACUCCGAAAGACCCAGCAAUCAGCUGAUUUCAAACCCUGCAACAGGGGAUGAUGUCAUUGUGAUACCAGGUGAUUGACAAGUGGCCAGCACCACUCCCUGUCAGACUUCACCCGCCAAGGGUGGGGGAGGUAACAACCCGCUGGCUAUCCAGAUCUACCUCACCACACUUGGUUUACACAGACCAAUGGGAAGGCAGCAUAUUUCAUGAUGGGCAGGUGUGACUGGUAUCAAAUCCUUCAGGUGCUCCUCCAUCCGCAUCCUGCCCCUCCUGCCCACGACUGGCUCUUUGGAAUGUGCUGGUGCUGUUUGCCAAGGUUUUAUUUCUGGGCAGAAGCCCAAGGCCUUGUUGAACAUAUGGGUGGAUCCCUUUGUUGACCCUGUUUUUGUGAGCUUAUUUAUUGGCAGUGGAUUUAUCUAAGGCCUGUUAUAUAUAGUUUCUUUGAAAGGGAAUGUUAGACAAGCUAUGCCAGCUGUCAAAUGGGUGACAGGCAAGGAAGCUGCUGAAUCAGACUCAUUAGGCCAUGGGUCGGCAAACUAAGGUCUGCGGGCUGGAUCAGGCCCAAUGGCCUUUUGGAUCUGGCCCAUGGACGGUCCGAGAAUCCAGGCAGCCGGCAUAGCGCGCACGAUGGUUUUUGCAACUCAACCAGGCUUGGGGGUCAAAAGUGAGGCAGGCGGCUGCUUGAGGCAAGCCCCUUCUCUGUCUGUCAUGUGCACGCAGCAAUCUUUUCUUCCGGGGUGGGGGGUGGGGAAGAGGAAAAAGGAGCCACAGUUUGGAUUUCCACAAUGGAACUGCUGGUGACUGACCUCAGGAAGGGCAGUUGCGGGGGGUGCCUUGGGAACGACGCCCGCCAGUGUCUGUGGCGGCGGUGCUUCCCGCCGGAGGAAGCAGGGAGCGCCUGGGCGGCUGCACUCCGAAUCCGUUCUGCGCUCUGCUGGGGAGGCUGCUUGUUAGCUACACUGUGCGAGCCAUGGAAAGGUAAAUAGCUGCUGCUGCUGCCUCGUCUUCCCUCACACAGGAAAAAGAACGUUUUGGCUUGAGUGGCGCUGGUCUGACUUAGCCUGGCCGACGGCGUUUCCCUUCACCCACGCAUACGCACACGCUCUCCAGGGCUGACAGGAAUGGUGUGCUUACCUCAGCCCCCCACCCCACCUUAUGAGAGAAAUAUUAACUGUCAACGUGUAAAACGCAAAGGAAGCAGCGUGGGUGUAUGAGGGAACCCCCCCAAAAAAGAAUCACAUUUGGGCAACAUUGGGGUUGGUCCCAAUAAGGGUUUUUGCCAAAAAUGUGGGUCAUAAUCAUGGCAACAUAUAGUCCGGCCCCCCACAAAGUCUGAGGGACAGUGGACCGGCCCCCUGCUGAAAAAGUUUGCUGACCCCUGCAUUAGGCGAUCUAGCUCAGUACUGCCCACACUAACUGGCAGCAGCUGUCCAGGGUUUCAUGGAACUGUGUGAGAGUUGUUAGAGAACCCUUAUCCCAGAAUUGUAAAGGAAUAUGGGUCUCCUCUUUGCACUCUUAACAAACUACAGCUCCCAGGACUCUGUGGAAAGCCAUGUCUGUUUAAAGUGGCAUGAUACUGCUUUGAAUGUACAGUGCACAUGUGGCCUCAGUUGCUUCACUAACUUUAGUUGGCUUGGGAAGAAAUGGAUGGAGGAGAGAAGAGCCAUCAGCCAUAGUAGUUGAAAGGAACCUCCAGGCAAGGGACAGGCAAUUGUCAUACAAUGAGGUACUUUGUGAGAUUACACAGUCUUAAUCUUUUUUUAAAAAAAGAAAAGAAACACUUAUGAUAUGUGAACUGCCAAAUUCUACUUUUCAAGCAAGGGUAGGCCAGGAAAGAAAACGCAGGCAGAGAAUACCUUUCAGAAGCUGGCAAGGUCUGAUUGGGGAGGUGGGUUAAGGUAAGGUUACCAGGUUUUUUUCCAGUGAAUCCAGGAACACUUUUCAACUUCAAUGGAUUUUGUCAGGGGACUGAUUUGUAAAUCUGGGGACUGUCCCUGGGAAACGGGGAUGUCUGGUAACCUUAGGUUAAGGUGCUCAUUUGUUGCAUGUUAUGGAAGAAUGUCCUCUAUUUGACAGCGUCCUCUAUUUCUCUAUUUAACAAGCCAUCCCAAACAAGUCAACAACUUUAGGCGGGGAUGCCAGUCAUUCAGUUCCCAGCUAGUUGAAAUUCACAAGAGGGGCAUAAAGCCAACAUUUUGUCUAUAGUUCUAUGCUCCCACCACCCGAUAGAAUAUAGAGGUAGAGGUAGAUUGCAUUUGAACAUAGAUGCUCCAUUCUUAACUUUCAUGACUAGUAGGAGUCCUGUUGGAUCAGAUCAAUAGCUUAUCUAGUGCAGCAUCCUGCAUCUCCCAGUGGCCAGCCAAAUGCCCCAGGGAAUUCCACAAAGAGGGCUUGAAACCAAACAGUACUCAAAAAGUAUUGAUUGAUUUUAAUAUUAUCAACUUCUGUUCUGUCCCCUGCUGUUUAACGGAAUUUGGAGGAAACCUGAAAAAGGCACGGCAGUUAUUUCCUUGAAGAGAGGAUUGGCGAAACCUGCCAAGCCCCCCCCCCCCCCCCCAAUAUUUAUCUUGCCACAACAUAUAGUAGACUUCAGGUUCGUUCUCAGCUAAGCCACACAGCAAACUCUGGUGUAGCCACCAAGACUAACACAUUAACCUUCCUUUUCAAAGCCAAAAAGGCACCCACCAUGUCUGUCUAUGUUCUAUCCUAGGGUUGCCAUAUUUCAAAAAGUGAAAAUCUGGACACAAAGAAAUUGUUUUUGACCCGCUUUUAAGAAAAUUCACCAAAAUCUACAUUUCCGACAAGGGUUGCCAUACGUCUGGGUUUUCCUGGACAUUUGAGGGAUUUCUGCCUGGACACGACUGCUGAAUCCCAGGAAUCACCAGGAAAUUCCAGGCAUAUGGCAACCUUAUAUCCACUGGUGAAGGCAUUGCAACUCUGGAUAACAGUUCCUGGGAAUCACCAGUGGGGGAGAGUUGCUCUAGCGCUCACUUCCUGCUUGCGGCCUCCCCAUGGACAUCUGUUUGGGCCUUUGUCCUAAUCUUGCAGGGCUCUUAUUAUUUGCUUCUGAGGAAAAGUGCUGAUUCACAUGCUGCUUGGUAAACAAAGAGCUGGUGUGGUAUGAGCUGAGUAAUCACUUGUUCAAAUGUCACUCCCACCAUAGAUGCAUUAAAUUACCUUUAGAAAGCACUUAGUAGUAGGAGUAGCAGGAGACUCUUUCAGGUGGUUCGCAAUUUAACGGAACCACCUUUACCUCCCAGGCCUUGUAAAGACCCCAAGAUCUCCUACAACGAUUUUGCAAACUUUUUUGCAGAUAAAAUCACUCAUAUUCGGAAGGAGCUAGACACCACCGUGGGAGCAGGGCCGGGGCGGGAGAGUGCUAGAGCUCUGUCUGGUCAAGUUGCAUGGAAUCAAUUUCAAUCCGUUACCCCCGAGGAUGUGGACAGGCUGCUUGGACGCGUGAAACCAACCCCUGUCUCCUUGAUCCUUGCCCAUCCUGGCUAAUAAAAGCAAGCUGGGAAGGGCUGGGCGAUGGGCUCUGCGGGGUGGUGAAUGCUUCCCUCUGUGAGGGAACAUUCCCAGAUCCGCUGAAAGAGGCGGUCAUUAAACCGCUUCUUAAAAAACCAUCAUUAGACCCGGCCAGUAUGGCCAACUAUCGCCCAGCCUCAAAUCUUCCAUUCUUGGGCAAGGUGAUUGAGCGCGUGGUUGCUGAACAACUCCAGGCACGCCUGGAGGAUGCGGACCAUUUGGAUCGCUUCCAAUCGGGAUUCAGGCCUCACCAUGGGACUGAAACUGCCUUGGUCACGCUGGUUGAUGAUCUCCGGCGAGCUAGGGACAAAGGUGAGAGUUGUUUCCUGGUUCUGCUGGAUCUCUCAGUGGCCUUUGAUACAAUCGACCAUAACAUCCUUCUGGACCGUCUAGAGGGGCUGGGAGCUGGGGGCACUGUUAUACAGUGGUUUCGCUCCUUCCUCCUGGGCCGUGUUCAGAAAGUGGGGGGGGGGGAUGAGUGUUCAGACCCCUGGGCCCUCACUUGUGGGGUGCCUCAGGGUUCCGUCCUCGCCCCGAGGCGUUUUAACAUCUAUAUGAAGCCGCUGGGAGAGAUCAUCAGGGGAUUUGGACUGGGUGUCCAUCAAUAUGCAGAUGAUACCCAGCUCUACCUCUCUUUCAAAUCAGAACCAGUGAAGGCGGUGAAGGUCCUGUGUGAGUGCCUGGAGGCGGUUGGAGGAUGGAUGGCGGCUAAUGGAUUGAAGUUGAAUCCUGACAAGACAGAAGAAUUGUUUUUGGGGGACAGGGGGCGGGCUGGUGUGGAGGACUCCCUGGUCCUGAAUAGGGUAACUGUGCCCCUGAAGGACCAGGUGCGCAGCCUGGGAGUCAUUUUGGACUCACAGCUUUCCAUGGAGGCGCAGGUCAAUUCUGUAUCCAGGGCAGCUGUCUACCAACUCCACGUGGUACGCAGGCUGAGACCCUACCUGCCCACGGACUGUCUCGCCAGAGUGGUGCAUGCUCUAGUUAUCUCCCGCUUGGACUACUGCAAUGCGCUCUACGUGGGGCUACCUUUAAAGGUGACUUGGAAACUACAACUAAUCCAGAAUGCGGCAGCUAGACUGGUGACUGGGGGCGGCCGCCGAGACCACAUAACACCGGUCUUGAAAGACCUACAUUGGCUCCCAGUACGUUUCCGAGCACAAUUCAAAGUGCUGGUGUUGACCUUAAAGCCCUAAACGGCCUCGGCCCAGUAUACCUGAAGGAGCGUCUCCACCCCCAUCGUUCUGCCUGGACGCUGAGGUCCAGCGCCGAGGGCCUUCUGGCGGUUCCCUCAUUGCGAGAAGCAAAGCUACAGGGAACCAGGCAGAGGGCCUUCUCGGUAGUGGCGCCCGCCCUGUGGAACACCCUCCCAUCAGAUGUCAAAGCAAUAAAUAACUACCUGAUGUUUAGAAGACAUCUUAAGGCAGCCCUGUUCAGGGAAGUUUUUAAUCUGUGAUAUUUUACUGUAUUUUUGGUUUCUAUGGAAGCCGCCCAGAGUGGCUGGGGAAACCCAGCCAGAUGGGUGGGGUACAAAUAAUACAUUAUUAUUAUUAUUACUUAUAUGGCCUCAGACAACUCACUCCAUUCUCAGUCACAGCUACCUGCCAGUGAGAACUAAGAGCUUUCUAGGUUCCUGCUGCUGCUGCAGCAUCAGCAGCACCUACGGAGUUAAAAGAAAAACAAAAACCAAUUACACCUGUUUAUCUACCGUGUGGCCUUGGGAGCUUUCUUUUCCAUUCGGAUAUCUUUAGUGAUCCAUGUAAUUGAUUCUGGCACAAAGUCAAGCAGCAAUCAGACGUGUCAGCCAGAGAUUAACACACCCAUACCCACACAUACCAGGGCUUUUUUCCCCCCGGUUUCAAAAUUUUCAAUAGUGAAAGAAUUGGAGGAAUCGUCAUUUAGAAGCAAAGUGCAAAAGCUGUCCAGAUGUGGAAGUCAUCAACUGCAUCCCCCAGGAUCCUGGGCUCAGUUACAACAUAAGAAUUUCCCCAGAAUUUGCAUUUGUUACUGAUGCCCCAACUGUACCUGCCGUUGGGCAAGUAACUCACUUGGGAGUGAUCUGCAGAGGGUUGGAUUAGGUGACCCUUUAGGUCCCUUCCAACGCUACAGUUUUAUGUUUCUGUGAUUCGUGUUUGCCUCCAGCCAUACAGAAAUGCAUUGCCCUGGUAUACAGUGGUACCUCAGGUUACAGACCCUUCAGGUUACAGAUGCCGCUAACCCAGAAAUAGUACGUCGGGUUAAGAACUUUGCUUCAGGAUGAGAACAGAAAUUGCACAGCAGUGGCGUGGCAGCAGCAGUGGGAGGCCCCAUUAGCUAAAAUGGUACCUCAGGUUAAGAACAGUUUCAGGUUAAGAACGAACCUCCAGAACGAAUUAAGUUCUUAACCCGAGGUACCACUGUAAUGCAUUUACUGUAUCAAGCUUUCAAAAUAUGUACGUCUCCACCCCCAUCGUUCAGCCCGGACACUGAGGUCCAGCUCCGAGGGCCUUCUGUCAGUUCCCUCAUUGUGAGAAGCAAAGCUACAGGGAACCAGGCAGUAGGCCUUCUCGCUAGUGGCGCGCGCCCUGUGGAAUGCCCUCCCAUCAGAUGUCAAAGAGAACAACAACUACCUCACAUUCAGAAGACAUCUUAAGGCAGCCCUGUUCAGGGAAGUUUUUAAUGUGUGACAACUUGGUGUAAUUUUGGUCUUUGUGGAAGCCGCCCAGAGUGGCUGGGGAUGCCCAGCCAGAUGGGUGGGGUACAAAUAAUAAAUUAUAUUAUUAUUAUUAUUAUUAUUAUUAUUAUUAUUAUUAUUAUGUACACGGAAAUGGAAAUAAAUCCACAAAAGUUCCUAUCCCCACCCACCUGCAAAAAUAAAAACCCAGACUAUUUCCCCAUAUGCCCUUUAGUCAUUCAUUCACUCAUUUAAUCUUGACUUAAAAGUGGCUAUUCAGGACUGGUAAUAAGCUUACAUUCUAAAAGUCAUAGAGGGGAGGGGGAAGGGGUAGCAAGCUCAGGGACCAGUUGCCCAGAUAUCCCUGUGACAGAAGGUGAUUAUGGUAGGGUUGCCAUAUUCGCAAAAGUGAAAAUCCAGACAAAGUUGUUGUUAAGUUGUUAAAUCUUUGGGAUUUUUACAGCAUUUUUCUUAAGAAAUUGCUCUAGUUGCCAUAUAUCUGGGUUUCCCCAGACAUCUUGCUAAUUCAAUGAAAAUCUGCCCGGAUGCCAUUUUGACAGCCUGAUUCCCAGACAUGUCCAGGAAAACCGAGAUGUAUGGCAGCCCUAGAUGAUGGACUCUCCCUUGUCAGAGCUUGGUUGGUUGGUCUCUGUCAGGGAUGAUAAAAUGUCAAGAUUCCUGUAGCAAGAAGGGAGCUGGAUUAGAGGACUUCCCUGAUCCCUCCCAACUCAUGAGUCUAUGAUUCUAUUAUCUUGAUGGAUGGACAGAAAAUUCUUCAUGUUUUUAUAUAUUUAGCUAUGGGCAACAGAUGGAGCAACUGGUACCUCCCAGCAGCCCUGGUGAUUCUGAGCAUGUUCUCCCUCACAGCCCUGCUCCUCAUUGUGGUGGGAAACCACAAUGUCACACUGCCUCCAGAUAAUAAGGUGAGUGUGCAGCAAUACCUGAUACCAUGGACCUUUCUUUGAGGCAAGCAAGUCAGUUGUUUAAGAAAUAAAUGUCUUCCUAUUAUAUGGGUGUGGGGAACCUCAGGCUUCUCCAUUUGGCCUCCGGGACUCUCCCCAGGCCAUACACCCCUCUCCAGUCACACCCCUCAGUGGGCUCUUUGAACUUUUCUGCCUGGCUGGAACAUGUCCCCUUGAACUCUGGUUAUAACUCUUCUUUGUCUGGAUGAAGGGUUUGUGGGUGGGUAUAGGUGUAAGCUAGCCCACUGUACAAAGUGAAGAGAAACACUCAUUGCUCCACCUACCUGUUGCUGCUCACCCAGGGAGUUACCCAGAAAGAAAUUUGGCCCUCCGGCCAAGGAAGUUCCCCCACUUCUAUCUUAAACCCUGAUGAGAGUUCAGUGGUUUGUUUGUUUGUUUGUUUGUUUGUUUGCUUGUUUGUUUCGCAUUCUAACUUAGCAGCUCAGGUUUUGUAUCACCUGACUCUUUCAUUCUAAAUGUCUCCCCCUCCAGUACGGGCUGGUGUUUGAUGCGGGCUCAUCCCACACCUCGCUGUUCGUCUACCAGUGGCCAAUGGACAAAGAGAACAACACAGGCGUGGUCAGCCAAACCUUCUCCUGUCAUGUCAAUGGUCAGCUUCUCCUAGUUACAUAAAAACAUGGCAGGGGCAUCUGAGGAAGGUGGGAGAGGGAUCCAGAAGGUCUAAAAUAUCAGCUGUAUUCAACUCCCAGUGAACAAUACAACAUUGAUUAUGGAAUAUUGAAUACAGUUGACUCUCAGCUUAUGUGGGGGUUAUGUUCUGUACUGCAUAAAGACAAAAUUGCAUAAAGACAAAAUACUCUCUCUGCACCUCCGAAUACCCUCCCAAGGUGAGUGUAAUGGUGGCUGGGAUUGCUGACCUUCCCCCUCCCAUACAGGCACCUGCCCCCUUUUUAUUUAUUUGUAAAAAAAUUCGGCCAAGCGCGUAAAGCUGACUUUGCGCAAAUUAAAUAUGCCUAAGUUGUGAGUCGACUGUAUAUGGGUCACAGAGAGAGAGAGAGAGAGAGAGGGAGAGAAAGAAGGCAUGUCAGAGAGGGGGGAGAAGCGAUGUCACUCAGAGAGGGGGUAUCAGAAAGGGGGUAUGAGAAAGAGAGAUGGGUGUCAGAGAGCGCUGGGGUGUCACAGAAAAUAGAGGGGAUGUCAUGGGUGGGUGAAAGAGGGAGAGUAGGGAUAGUGGGGAUUCAGUUCAGUUUGCAAUUAAAAGGGAACUUAACCUAAUUCGCAUUUUGCAAAACAAUAAAAAACUGUUUAAAGUUCUGUCACAGCGCUUUUAAUGUGUGGUGUGAAUGUGGUCAAGGUUAAGCAAAAUUACCUACAAACACAGGGAUAUUAGGAUAAAUUUGCACUAAAAGCCUUGAUGGUGACUUAAAAAAAUAAGCUGAAGAUCUGGAUAUAUGGGGAACUGAAAUUAAGAUGGGAAAAAGUAAUAUGUGCUUUUUUUGUGUUUCAGGGAGCGGGAUAUCAAGUUAUGCCAAAAACCCUCCGCAGGCAGGUGCCUCCCUCAAGGAAUGCCUGGAUGCUGCUAUGACCGUGAUCCCCCCAGAAAGGCAGCAGGAGACGCCAGCUUAUCUGGGAGCCACAGCCGGCAUGAGACUGUUGAGGUACAAAGACAAAGAGCCAGGGUUUACAGAGUGAGGUGAAACCAGUCAUGGUAGCAAAACAGCUGCCCAAUAAUAAUAAUAAAGGAUCUCAGACUAGGAGUCUCAAUUUUGAGUUGCUUUUUUUUUAAAGGAGCAAGUGUCUAGUCUUUACGGAUGCAAAUACAGUAUAGGCUUGAAAGAGCAGCACUUCUAAGGGUACAAGGCAUGGCUUAGGUCCAAGCUAUCUGAAAAGCUCCAUUCCAUCAUAGGAACUUGGCUGAGAGCUCAGAUAUUUAGGGGAGGCCCCUCCCACAGUCUCACCACCCUCACAGGCAUGCUUGUUAGGGACAUGGGAGAGGGCCUACUUGGUGGCUGCUCCUGGACUCUGGAACUCCCCCCCCCCCCAAAAAAAAACCUAGACUGGCCCCCUCUCUGGUGUCAUUCUGCCAGCAGAUGAUGACCUUCUUGUUCCAACAGGCUUGGGAGAACUGAUUUUUAAGAAAAGGACUUACGUUGUGCUGUUUAUAUUGUAACUAUCUACAUGUUUUUAAUCUCUCUCUCCCCACCUCCUCUCUAAGUUUUAAACCUAUGAUUGUUUAAUUCUUUUUAAUUAUGGUUUUUUUCCUAUGUUUAUAGUAAUUCUUAUUUUUGUAUGUAAGCUCCCUUCAGUACUAUCAGAGGGAAAAGGUGGGGUACAAAUAAAUAUAUUGUUGUGCAUCACCCCAAUACCUGAGCAGUGUGAGAUUCCAGGGUUUCCGGUUGGCUUACUCAAGGUUAAUGUUUCAUUUCUGGAAAAUAAGGCACAGCAGAGGCUGUGGUGUCUUGAUGAUAUAUGGUUUAUUUACACACAAAUACAAACUGGGCCUACAAUGGAGGGAUUCAUCAUAUCAGUGCUGCCAGAGGAGCUUGCUUCUCCCACAGGUACAGCCAUGACAUCAGCCAUUGUGCUCUGCCUCUGGCGUUCUAUGUCACAUAACUCCUAACUCUAACUCUAAGCUCUGUGCUUUAUUUGUAGGCAGAGGCCAAAUCAUUUGCCACCUCACACCUUUCCUUUGAUCCUCUGCUGUCCUAAUGGUCCAUUACCUCAGGCUAUCAUCUCAUGGGAAGCACCAGCUUGGCUUAAUGAGCUUUUUUAGCACAUGCUGAUUCAUGAGUCUAUAGAAAUAUCUCAUACACAGCUUAAUAAUACACAAGAUCAGGGAGACUAUAAGUUUCGAGUGCACAACCUAAUACACAUGGGUCUAUGUGAUGGGAUGAUGAGCUGCUUGUGCGUAAAAUCGUAUCCCCUCAGAGUUUGUUCAAGUCCACAAACCUCUGUCUGUGACAGAGCCCCUCAGACAUGUCUACUCUAGUCACUAGCAGAUUCCGACAGUGGUUGCUUGCGUAAUCGCUUCCAACAUAAAAGCUCCUUAACGGAAACACGUCUUCUGGAAUCUCUGCGUGACAGUUUCCGGCGAGGAGUGGGUGUUCUUACAGGAGGUCCUGAAACCUCUCCACUGUUUUCGCUGGAAGUGUCUCUGAGCCAUCCCUCCAGCUCAGCUCCUCUCCCCCUGCUGGUUCCCUCAUCAGCUGCUGCGUCUCUCCCAGCCUGUGUGAGCCCUUUCACCUCCCUGUUGGUUUCCUCUUCAGCUGCUGCGUCUCUCCCAACCUGUGUGAGCCCUUUCACCUCCCUUCCGUCCGAUGGCAGUUCCCUGACAUCCACCUCCCCUCCAGGGCCCCCUUCACCCCCUCUCGCCCCCUCCUCUACGGGCGGUGAGGAGGCAAAACCCGGAAUGAACUUCCUUCAUCUUCCGAUGUCUCGAACACUUCUCUCAACCUGUUGCGGUUCCUGGUCUCGAAGUACACCUCCUCCUCAGAGUCCAUCUCCCCUUCCCCUUCCGAGUCCGGGAAUCCUUCCAACUCCUCCCCUUCAUCAGUGGUCCCAAAGUAUUCCCUCCGGAACCUCUCCACAGGCUGAGGUUUCCUUGGGAACCUUUGAUGGAACGUUUCUAUCAAUACCUCGUCAUUGAUAUCUUCAGCCAUUACCCAAGUGUUUUCUGACUCCGGUUCUCCUUCCCACGCUACCAAAUACUCCACCUGAUCCCCCUUCCACCUGGCGUCGAGGAUUUCUGCCACAUGGCUGCUGCAUUCUCUUUCUUCUACGACCGGUUCCCGAGUGGCCAGCCCUUCUCGUCCCCCUUCGUACGGUGACAGUAACGACCUGUGAAAUACUGGGUGCAGUUUCAUGUGGUUGGGUAACCGGAGCCUGAAAGCCACUGGGUUGACCUGUUGAAUGACCUCAAAGGGACCCAACCUCCUGGGUCUUAAUUUCUUACAACCUCCUUUGAACAGCAACCCUUGGGUUGACAGCCACACCCUAUCUCCCACCCUUAUGGUUUCACCUUCCCUUCGGUUCUUGUCUGCCUGCCUCUUGUAUUCUUCCUUCGCCCUUUCUAAGUUGAGUUGGAGCUGACGAUGGAUUGCUUCCAUUUCUUCCACAAAAUGCUCGGCUGCCGGGACGCUCCAUCUCUCCCCCUCUCCCCCUGGGAAAGCCCUGGGAUGACACCCAUAAUUAGCCAAGAAGGGGCUCAUCCCUGUGGACACAUUCUCGGCAUUGUUGUAGGCAAAUUCCGCCAGCGCCAACUUUUCUACCCAGUCAUUCUCUCUGUCAUUGACAUAACACCUCAGGUAUUGCUGGAGGACACCGUUUGCUCUUUCCGCCUGCCCGUUGGUUUCAGGGUGCCGGGCAGUCGAAAAAUUGACCUCCACCUGCAGUAAGCUCAUGAGCUUCCUCCAGAACCUGGAAGUAAAUUGUUUUCCUCGGUCUGAGACCACCCUCAAUGGCACCCCGUGCAACCUAAAAAUGUUUUCUACAAAUAACUUCGCUGUCUCUUCCGCCGUGACUGCAUGCGAGCAAGCUACAAAGUGGCACAUCUUUGUUAGUAGGUCUACCACCACCAUGAUGGCUGUUUUCCCUUUGGACUUUGGCAGAUCAGUCAUAAAAUCUAUCGACACUGCCUCCCAAGGUCGUUCUGGGGUUGGUAAGGGUUCUAAUAGCCCCGCCGGCGCCCGCCUUUCCCCUUUGGCUCGCUGGCAUUGCUCGCACCCUCUUACAUACUCACGUACAUCUUCCCUCACCUUAGGCCACCAAAAUUCCCUGGUGACCAACCACAUGGUUUUGUGUUGUCCAAAAUGCCCCGCCGUAGGGCUGUCGUGCAACUGCUUGAGUACCCUCCCCUUAACUCUCCUUCAGGGAUAUACAGUGCCCCUUUGUAAUACAAAGCUCCAUUUCUUUCCUCGAAACCCCCUGGUUCCUCUCCAUCACCCCUAAGACCUCUGAGCUUAUUCUGGGCGUAUUCAUCAUUCUCUGUUUCCUCUACCAGUUCUCUUUGUCCCACCAAUGCCGCCCACACACCCAGCGGUCUUCUGGAAUGACAUGUCUCUCUUCGGGUGCCCCCUCCCCCUCCAAAUAUUCAGGUUUGCGUGAGAGAGCGUCCGCCCUAAUGUUCUCUGAGCCUGGCACGUAACUAAUCUCAAAGUUAAAUUUGGAGAACUCCUGGGCCCAUCUCACUUGCCGUUGGUUGAGCACUCGUGCCGUCCUCCAAUACUCUAGGUUCUUGUGGUCAGUGCACACUUGCACCUUAUGUUGUGCGCCAAUUAGCAGGUGCCUCCAUCUCCGGAACGCCUCAUGAAUGGCUAGUAGUUCUCGGUCAUACACCGUGUAGUUCCUCUCGGAUUUGUUCAGCUUUCGCGAAAAAAAGGCACACGGUCUCCACUCUGACCCCUUCUUGCCUGGCUGCAGAAGCACCGCCCCAAUCGCUCUGUCUGAUGCGUCAGUUUCCACUCUCAUCGGUUUUUGUAAAUCCACAUGCAGGAGUUGUUGUUCCGAGGCGAAGGCCCUUUGUAGUUCCUCAAAUGCUCGCUCCGCCUCCUCAGUCCACACGAACUUCUUCUUACUGCUGAGACAGUCCGUAAUGGGCGCCGUCAGGUGGGCAAAGUUUCGGAUGAACUUACGAUAGAAGUUCCCAAAUCCUAGGAACCUCUGCACAUCCUUCUUUGUUUUGGGUGUUUUCCAUUCCAGCACAGCCUGGACCUUGCCGGGAUCCAUGGCCAAUCCCUUGUCUGACAGGCGAUACCCCAGGAAUUCCACCUCCUUGGUAUGAAACUGACACUUCUCCAGUUUCACCCACAGCUGGUUGGCUUGCAGCCUGCUCAACACUUCUCUGACGUCUCUCACAUGCUGCUCCUCAUUCUCAGAAUACACCAACACGUCGUCUAAAGGCCACACAAUUCUUGUAAAGCAAAGGCCCCAGGACGUGGUUCAUAAACGAUUGAAAGGUUGCGGAGCCUGCUUGUAGGCCGAAGGGCAUAACCAAAUAUUCAAAUGCCCCUAAAGGGGUGAACAUAGUGGUUUUCCAUUCAUCCCCCUUCCUUAUUCGUACCAGGUUGUACGCCCCCCUUAGGUCCAGCUUUGUAAAAAUCUUUCCCUUCCGCACCCUUGUCAAAAUGUCGUCAAUCCUGGGCAUAGGGAAGGCUACUGGUUCUGACACUGCAUUUAAGGCCCUGAAGUCACACACCAGCCUGGGCUGCCCCCCACCGCCCUGGACUCUCUGAUGAACCCUCUCUUCAGGUUCUUGUCAAUGAACUCUCUUAACUCCUGCAUCUCUCUGUCUGACAUGGCGUACAGCUUGCCUACAGGGAGCUGUGCUCCAGGGAGUAAGUUGAUUUGACAGUCAAAGGGUCUAUGCGGGGGUAGUUGGUCAGCUUCCCUUUCGCUGAAGACGUCACGGAGAUCUGCAUAUUGUCGUGGUACCUUCACGUUCUCUGUUACUUCAGUCCCUGCUAGGGUGGCUUGGACCCCUGCCAAACCCUUUCCCUCUUUGCAGUGUUCUAAGCAAUGUGCUGAACCAAAAGAAACCACUCUCUGAUGCCAGCCCACCAGCGGAUCAUGUAACGCUAGCCAGCUCAUCCCCAAUAUAAUGGGAGCUCCUCCCAAGGUGGCCACAUUAAAAGCUAUCAGUUCGGUGUGCCUUGCUACCUUCAUUAUCAUUGGGACGGUUUGAAAGCUGACUUCUCCACCCAACAGCUCCCUGCCAUCGAUCGUGGUCACCUGCAGGGGGCUGCUUAAAGGAUUGUCUGUAUCUGGUGUUCAGCUGCAAACUCUUUGCUCAUGAAAUUGCAGGAGCUGCCUGAGUCCAACAGCGCCUUUAUCUUUAGAGGGUGUCCGUUUGGCAGCUCUAGCGUCACUUCUAUCACUAGGGCGGGUUUAGGAGGUUCUGGCGUGGGCACUCUCACUGCUCUUUGGCCUGGCUGCUGUGCCCUGACAGUGGCAGCCAGGCGUUGGCUUUUACUUGCUCCGGUAUAUUUUCCUCUCUUCCAUCCACAGCCCCUACCAUCCCUUGCCAUUCUUUCCUCUGAGGGCAGACUCUGGCAAAGUGACCUGGCUGUUGGCAGAGAUAGCAUUUCCGGGCGCCUUUUCCCUCCUUCGUUGCCCCCUCACUGGGCGUUGAAACUGCGCGCGCGCGCGCUGUUCCGAUUUCCAUCGGCUCUGCCGGUGGGAAAGUUGGCUCUGGAAUGUCUGGAAUGCGGAACUCCUUCCAACGUUCCCCUUUCCCUUCCCGCCUCUCCAAUGCUCUCGCCUCCUGGCGCGCUCCUAUGGCCAGCGCUGAUUUGGUCAGCUGGUCCAUAGACUCCGCCCUGGGCGCCCGGGAAAGUUCGUCUUUCACAGCCGAAGAAAGCCCUUCUUCAAAGAGCAUUUGAAUGGGUUCCGCCGAUAAGUCCCACCCCAAUCUGUGAACAAGCAUGGUGAACUCAGUCCAGUACUCACGGACAGAUCGGCUCCCCUGUUUGCAACCCAUUAACUGUCUGCGCACCACUCCCUUUUCAAUAUCGCUGGAAAACAUCAGAUCCAUGGCGCGAAAGAACUUCAUCGUGUCUUUUAAGACGUCACUAUUCGCUGCCAUCAGGGGUCUAACCCAGUCUCUCGCCCCCUUUUCAAGAUGCUCAAUCACGAAAGCCACUCGUGAUUCCUCGUCAGGAAUUCAUCAAACUGCAGAUUGAGGGCAUAUUGCAUUUCUGUCCGAAAACCAUGAUAGUUUUGGGCUCCCCCCCAAACUUCUGCACCAAUCCUGGUACCUUUCUGGCGAACUGGGUGGCUUUCCCCCUGUUGUCUGCAUCCUGAGCCCUCCUCUCCUCAAGCCUCGCCGUCUGCAUCGCCAGCUGGACCUCCAACAUCUGGUACCUUUCUUCCAGGCUUGGACCCGCUCCAGCUCCUGCUUCUCCGGUUCCGGCUGGGUUGCUCAUGAUACCUUCUCCUGCACAAGCUGCUUUCAAAGACUGUCGGAAUGCUGUGAUGGGAUGAUGAGCUGCUUGUGCGUAAAAUCGUAUCCCCUCAGAGUUUGUUCAAGUCCACAAACCUCUGUCUGUGACAGAGCCCCUCAGACAUGUCUACUCUAGUCACUAGCAGAUUCCGACAGUGGUUGCUUGCGUAAUCGCUUCCAACAUAAAAGCUCCUUAACGGAAACACGUCUUCUGGAAUCUCUGCGUGACAGUUUCCGGCGAGGAGUGGGUGUUCUUACAGGAGGUCCUGAAACCUCUCCACUGUUUUCGCUGGAAGUGUCUCUGAGCCAUCCCUCCAGCUCAGCUCCUCUCCCCCUGCUGGUUCCCUCAUCAGCUGCUGCGUCUCUCCCAGCCUGUGUGAGCCCUUUCACCUCCCUGUUGGUUUCCUCUUCAGCUGCUGCGUCUCUCCCAACCUGUGUGAGCCCUUUCACCUCCCUUCCGUCCGAUGGCAGUUCCCUGACAGUCUAACUACAGUAUUUUGACACUCCAAGCAUUGAUUAAAUUCUGCCACAUGCUCAAUCCAGAGAACAUAGUGGUCUAGCAUCCACAAAUUCAUAACACUAUAGUAGUAGUAUCCAAUGUGAGUCCUACGCAGAGUAGACCCAUUCACAUUAAAGAGCCUAUGUUAGGCCCCAUCUACACUAUUCAUUCAAAGUUAUAGCAUACCAAGUUAAACAGUCAUAGGGACUGUAGUUUGUUCAGGGUGCUGAGCAGUCUAUUCAAAGGUAGAGUGUCCCUAGCUCUGGAUGUUCCUUUCAGCCACUGUGGAUAGCUCUUCUGUCCUCCAUCAAUUUCUUGCAAUGUUGUCCUCAAUGCAUCUAAAGUUAGUAGAGCAACUCAGGACCCAGCUUCAUUGAACAUUUAAAGCAUACCUCUCUAAACAGUCAUGUGUCUCCAAAAGAAGUGUAGUUUGUUCAGGGUGCUGAGAGUUGCUAGGAGACCCCACUCUCCACCCCCCCCCCGAUCUACAAUUCACCAAGUGGUUUUUACAAUCAACCCCUCUUCCCAGGGAACUCUGGGACAUGACUAAUUUCAAUGGUCCUACAUUACAUUGGCUGCAACCUUUCAUUUUCAAUCUUCUGCUUUCUUCACUACUCAGUUUUAUUUGCAUAUACAGUUGUACUUUAAAAAAAAUCUAGCUUUAAGUAAAUCCUGUUGAAUGCUGUUUGCAUUUUUUAUAAAAUACAUUGAGAUUGAUUGAUUGAUUGAUUGAUUGAUUACUAUAUUAAGCAGUAUAUUUUUUAAAAGUACACACACACACACACACACACACACACACACACACUACUUAAUUUGAAAAGUUAUUUGCCUGUCAGUACUCUGUGCAUUUGGACAACUCUUAAGAUAGUGUAACCAAAUUUUGGACGAUGGUUCCUGAGAUCAAUGAAUGAGCACUUCUGCAUUUGAUUACAAUUGGACACCAUUUUGCUUCAAGAUGGCAGACUGAACCUUUCAAAACCACACCAAUAUUUGGGUUUCUUAGAAUACCUGAGCAAUGCUGGGUACGAAGCUGCCAGUAUAUAAAUAAAACAAAAUAACUCCAAAUUAGCCUCAUGCUUCCAAAUUCACAGUUCUUCUUGGCAAAUUACCCUACAGAAUGGAGAAUGAGUCUGCAUCAAAACAAGUUCUGGAAGAAGUUGGCAAGACUAUCAAGCAGUAUCCUGUGAGUUUCCGAGGCGCUCAAAUCAUCAGUGGAGAGGACGAAGGUGCUUACGGCUGGAUCACCAUCAACUAUCUGUUGGACUCCUUCACCAAGGUGGGGCUGAUUCUACAAGACUAUGAACAGGUUUAGGAUGCGUAUAUCAGGCAUAUUGUUCCAGGGCUAGAACAAGAAUAAGCUAGAUAUUUCUGGAGUACAGCUGCCAUCUUCCCUGGCCAUGCUGGUUGGUUCUGAUAAGAACCCAAUAAGGAUAAGCUAUGUUGUGAACUCCAAAUACUGUUGUGCUCUCCAAUCAUUCCUGACCAUUGGCUAUGUUGGCUGGGGCUGGUGGAAAUCCAACAACAUCUGGAGGUCACUAUUUUGGCUACUUGUGGGCUAGAGCAUCUUAUUAGAACUAGGAAGAGCUGGGUUUGAACCCUUCCUCAGCCCAUGAAGCUGAUCUUGGGCCCGUCACACACUCUCACGUAAGCCUACAGGGUUGUAUUAAGGAUAAAAGGAUUUGCACUAGCUCAAGCUCCCUUUAGUUAGGGUGGGACACAAAUAUAAUUCUUUAUCAUCAUGAUGCUGGCUGAGGCUUGAGAGAUCCUAUUCCACCAUGAGCUACUACAUUCUCUGUGCCUGCCACGGCUACUGUUGCUUAAAUAUUGCUUCUGGCCCUGCCCAUUUCUCUAAGUCAGUGGUUUCCAACCAGUGUGCCGUGGCACCCUGGGUGCCUUGAAUGAUGAUCAGGGGUGGCGUGGGCAACCCUAGCCUCUGUCCCUCUUUCUUUCCCCCACGUGUCUCUGCCUCCCAGAGGCUUGCCUAGCUGCUUAUUGCAGCAGCCCUGUCUAUAAGCUCCGCGGGCAAGGGUGCGGGACAGUACAGAGACUAGGGAUGGCAGCAGCUGCUGCCCAGAGGACUCCCAAGGAGAUGGGAGAGGAGGCUAAGGGAACACUCUACAAGGGAGGGUGUUUGAAAAGGGGUGAGAGGUUGCCAGCUCUGCAGGCAAGGGGUGACAUAACUGGGCUUUUGAGCCCCACAGGGGUGUCGCAGAAAGAAUGCAGUUGGUCAAGGGAGCCGUGGACUCAAAAAGGUUGAAAACCUCUGCUCUAAGGAGCCAAUAACAGUUGAGUGGUGGGACAUUUUCAAGAUGCGAGAUACCCACCAGCUGAUUAAAGGGGAACAUCCAGCCAUUUGAUGUGGGCCAAUUUAAGAAUACAAGCCCUGGUGGAUCAGAUCAAAGGCCUGCCUCUGGUAUGGGGACUCUGUAGGCCCUCCAGAUGUUGCUGGAGUUCCAACCCCAUCAACCCCAGACUUUUGUGCUGAGGGUUUCUGGGGCAUAGUAAACUAAUCAGGUAUGUUUGUUUUGAAAGGUCUUUAAGAGCUUACCCUUGUCUAGUCAAAAGACCAUAGUUAAUAAACUCUAGUUAAACCACUGGACCGGGUUCUCACGUAAUGCUAAACCAUGGUUUAUCAAACUAUGGUUGUGAAAUCAUGGUUCAAUAUUGUGUCUGAACAAGGCCAUAGAGCAUUAGGAAAUGCUAACCAGAAUAAAUGAGGUGAGAAGAUUGUUUUUUCAAAAGUGGGAAGGAGCUCAGUCCUAAAAUCAGGUAGAUCUCUAAAUGAUCUGCCACUUGCCAGGCCCCACAAGUGCUAACCUGUUGUGGUAUCUCUGCAGUAUUCUGCUAAAGACAGAGAAUGGAUUCACCCCACUUCAACCAAUAUAUUGGGCGCAUUGGAUCUUGGAGGGGCAUCGACCCAGAUUAGUUUUGUUCCAGCUGGCAAGAUCACUGAUCCAAACGAAGCCGCUCACUUCCGACUCUAUGGGUUUGAUUACACCAUCUAUACCCACAGCUACCUGUGCUAUGGUCAGAACCAAGCCCUCCAGCACCUGACCCGGAUUAUAAUCGUAAGUCACCCGUUGCCAGUCAGAAGCUAGCUCUGGGCAGAGAGACUUGGCUGGUGGUGGGAGGUGUUAACUGAAAGGGACAGGAAUAUCAUCUAGGAAUAUCAUCUACAAACCCCUUGAAAUCUCCUGAGAUUCUUGGCAGACCACUUAAUGAUUUUUCUACCUGUUGUACCCAUUGAAAUGUGCUGUGCUAGAUGCUGUAUGACUUUUAACGGUAUUUUUAUUGCUACUUUUAUUUCUUACAUAUUUUAUUUUAUUGUAAUACAGUUUGUUGCUUUGGAUUAAAAUCGAACUAAAAUAAGCAAUAAAAAUACACUUUAAAUCAGUAUGAAUAUUUAACAUGAACGUGCGACAGACCACCUGAACAAUGCUCACAGACCACAGUUUGCAAAUCCCUGAUCUGGGCUACAAUAAAACAAAAAUAGGGAUCAAACCUUAAAGAAUUUCAUGCACAGUGUGGCUUUUAGAUGUUCUUAAAGAAACUUAAAAAGCAGGCACCUUCAUUGUAUGUACUCUUUUCAGUGCCUUAUAAAACCAUACUUAUUUAGGCAAGCCUAUCCAGACUUUUUUGGGACGCGGGUGGAACUAUAACCAAAGAGCCUAGGACUUGCCGAUCAGAAGGUCAGCGGUUCGAAUCCCCACGAUGGGGUGAGCUCCCGUUGCUCAGUCCCUGCUCCUGCCAACCUAGCAGUUUGAAAGCACGUCAAAGUGCAAGUAGAUAAAUAGGUACCGCUCUGGCGGGAAGGUAAACAGUGUUUCUGUGUGCUGCUCUGGUUCACCAGAAGCGGCUUAGUCGUGCUGGUCACAUGACCCAGAAGCUAUAUGCCGGCUCCCCGUCCAGUAAAGCGAGAUGAGCGCCGCAACCCCAGAGUCAGUCACAACUGGACCUAAUGGUCAGGGGUCCCUUUACCUUUACCCAGAUUUUUAGAAUGUUGGCAUGUGUUUAAUCUGGUUUUAAUUUAUCAUUGAUUCAUUGAUUUAAUUCUGUUUACAUUUUAAGCUGGGGGGAGUGGUAAUUGUAAAGAUUUAUUAUUAUUAUUAUUAUUAUUAUUAUUAUUCUAAAAUAAAAAAAUGACAAAUCAUUUUUAAAUUGUACCCCCCCCAAUAAUUUUAUUCAUUGAUUUGCUUUGUAAGGUUUUAUGAAGUUAUUAAAAAUAAUUUCGGAUAACAAAUGCAAAUGAAAAGGUAUAAUUAACAGGUUGUAGGUAAACUUAAGGUUUAUCCCAACUCUAAUUGUCUUGUUUGCAGGAGUAGGAUUGAUUUGUUUUCAACCGCAUUAGCCUCAUCUGUGCUACACACUUAAAACAGUAUCAUACCACUUUAAACACUCAUGGUUUCCCCAGAAGAUCCUGGGAUGUGUACUUUACUAAGGGUCUGAGAGAUGUUAGGAGAUCACCUAUUCUCCUCUUAGAUAUACCAUUCCCAGAGUUCCCUCUUCGAGUGCUAAACCACUCUGGGAAAUGUAACUCUAUGAAUGGGAAAUAGGGAUCAUUCCACUCCUCCAGGAAGUAAUGAUGGCAACUAUUAAGUUGUGGGUGAACAUAUCAGACGACACAGCGAUUCUUCAAACAGCUCUUGUUUAUUCACAGGCCAGGACAGAACUGAACUGAAGUGUUCAGUCAGCCUGCUUAUAUAGAGCUCCAGUACAACAUAACUGUAACAAUUUUCUAAAACUAUCCAAUCACGGAAAGUCACUUUCGAUCCCUUAUUUGCAUAACUAUCUACAGUAUCCCCCUGCUGGCCCAGGGUGAGAACUUCAGUACAUAACACCCGCCAACUUCAAUGACCAAUCCAUAGAGGAGGAUAAGGCUAUAGGUUCCACUUCCACUGUAUGCCUCUGAAUGUCAGUUGCUAGGAGUUGCACAGCACUAUUGAGCUCAGGUCUUUGGGCUUCCCAUUGGUGCAUCUGGUUGUCCAUUGUGAGAGCAGGAUGCUGGACUCGUUGUGCCAUUGGCCCAAUCCUGUAGGGCUCUCCUUAUGUUCUUAUGAAGGUACAUCUGGACUAUGGUUUCACUCUGCGGUUCUCACCUCCAGAAUUCAAGCUCAUCGGAUCGGGUCGAUCACCCUUGCUACCCAGAAGGCUACAUUUCAUCCUUUACAACUGCGUCUGUCUAUAGCAGUCCGUGUGCCAAGCAAUCAAACCCACCUCCAGCCUCGAAGAACUUUACUCUGGUGGGCACAGGCAAUGCCACCCUAUGCCGGGAAACCUUCAAAAGUAUUUUCAACUUCUCAAAAAACUGCAAAUAUAAUGACUCCUGUGGUUUCAACGGGGUCUACCAGCCUAAGGUCAACGGGAAAUUUCUGGUACGAGAGCAUGCCAAUUCAUGCUAAAAAGUUGGGAAUAGGGAUGUUCCUCUGUGUGUCUGUGUUUGUCAUGCCCUUGGGUUCACACAGAAGUAAUGAAUGGUCCAAAUGCACAUAGGUGUAGCCGUAGGGGGGGGCAACUGCCCCCCCCACAAAAUAAAUAAAUAAAAAUACUUAAGUUAAAGUAGAAAUUGUGACAGAUUUUUCUGAGUGCUUGGGGUCAAAAGAAAGUAAUUUAAAACUUGUUGAGGUAUUCCAUUCCAAUUCUGCUAGAAAGAGCCAGAUAGAGGAUGAUGACAGGUGGGUGUCCUGCCCCCCAUAGCAUAAAUCCUGGCUGCACCCAUGCAAAUGCAAUGUAUCAGUUGAAUAAUACUGGAAUGUUUAUUACUUUGGUUUAUUGUUUGCUUAUUCCACUGAAACAUAGUUUUGAUUUCUUUUUUUGUAAUCUCUUUUUCUGUCUUGUAAAUGAAUUUCAUUACUGAUUUAUCAUCUGAUUUUAUUUUGUUGCAAGCUUUAUUCAAGGACCUCAUCCUUCGGUUUAUUAGCUAAAGUAAAAAAUAAAGUAGAAAACUGCUUUAUAUUGAGUCAGAUUACUGGUCCGUCUAUCUUGCUGGACUGACCAGGAGAGGAACUCCAGGGUUUCAAACAGGGUUCUCUCCAGCAAUACCUGGAGAUGCCAUCAGGGAUUGAACCAGGGACCUUCUGCAUGCAAAGCAGAUGCUCUACCAUUGAGUGAUGGCCUUUCUGCUAAAAAAUAAACUAAGAUCCUAGUUCUCAUGGUUCUGAAUAAUGGCUGAAUUAAAUAAGAACAUAGGUCCAUCUAGUUCUCUCCCAGCCCUGCCUGGAGAUGCUGAGGAAUGAAUCUGGGACCUUUUACAUGCAGCAUCUGCUCUACCACUGGUCUACACUCUUCCCCAGGCUUCUAUAGCCAUUGUUGGUUUGAUGUCUCUCACUCACCUGCUCAUGUUUUAUUUUAAAUUUCAGGCUUUUUCUGCCUAUUACUAUACCUUCAAUUUCCUGAACUUGACUGAAACUCAGCCACUGGCCACUGUUGAAGAUACUAUCAAGACGUUCUGUGCCAGGAAAUGGGACGAAGUAGGUAUCCUAUCAUCCUGGUGUGGUUUGGAAGGAGGUCACAGGAGACUUGUUGACUGAUCUGUAAAAUGAACAUAUAUUUACGAAUAUAUCGGUUGAGGCACUCCAAUUUGGUGGCCCAAAUUCUGCUGCUUGCACAGCAGAUCUCUUGGGCAGAGUUGAUGAAGGACCUUUUUCUGCCUGAGGACAACAUUCUCUUCUGGGCAACCAGACAGGGGGCCACAUAUCAUUGAUGUGUGGGGCCAGAAGUACAAGUGGGCAUGGUUAGAGAGGCAAAGAUGGGCAGAGCAACCCAUGAGAAUUUUCCCUUUCGUACAAUAGCCUCUUUCUGUACACAUCCCUAUCUAUCCUCCAUCAAGCAAGAGGCAUGAUCAGAGUUCAAAUGACACAGCCCAGCCCAGCCAAAACACUCAAGGAGGGCGCAGAACAGAGUUGCUGAGAUGUGUAGCCUGGGGGAAGCAAGUUUUGCUGGAGAGGAGCCAGUGUGGUGUAGUGGUUAAGAGCGGUAGACUAGUAAUCUGGUGAACCAGAUUCACUUCCCCGCUCCUCCACAUGCAGCUGCUGGGUAACCUUGGGCUAGUCACACUUCUUUGAAGUCUCUCGACCCCACUCACCUCACAAAGUGUUUGUUGUGGGGGAGGAAGGGAAAGGAGAAUGUUAGCCGCUUUGAGACUCCUUCAGGUAGUGAUAAAGCGGGAUAUCAAAUCCAAACUCCUCUUCUUCACCUGGCAAGAGGCCUGAGGGCCAAAUACAGAGAUUUAAAGGGCUGGAUUUAGCCCCUGUACCUGAGGUUCUCCACCUUUUCUCUAGGAAGACAGCUAACAGCCUUUGGAUGCUACCAAAGCCCCAGUCUCAGUUCCCUGGGUCUGUUCUCAGCUUGCUCCAAAGUCAUUGACAAUGCUUUUUACUUACACAGAAAGGUGUUUUAGCAGGAAUACAGUUCGACACUGUGAUAUGAACUACACCUGCCAAAAUAUCUUGUACUAUGCAACCAUGAAGAACAAACUGUAGCCCAUGCUCCCUUAUCCCAGAUGAGGCCUUGUUUGAGGUACUGCCACUGGAGGCCGCCCAGCUGCCAUUGACCUAUGCUCAUCCUGAAAGGUGCCACAAGACCCAAAGCUGUCUUUGCUGAAACACAGCUGCCCUUCUGGAAAGUCCUUAAGGUUCACACAACUGGACCCUUCAGUCACCUUAAUCCAGGCAUGGGAAACCCUGUCACCCUCCAGAGGUUGCUGAACUAGAAUUCUCACCAACCCGCAGACAGCACAGCUCAUGGCCAAUGGUGGUGGAAAUUAUAGUCCAAUGACAUCUGGAGGGCCACAGGUUUCCCAUCCCUGCCCUCGAAUGAUUUCAGGUAGUUGCGCUGAGUUGCUGCUGGUCAGAGUAGCCAAUGUGGUGCCCUCUAGAUAUGGUCAGACUCCAACUUGCAUCAAAUCAGGCAGUAUAACCAAUGGUCAGGAAAUGAACACUCUCCUACCUCAGCUGCUCUUGAAAUGUUGUCUCUCUCUCUCUCUCCCUGUCUUUCCUCAGUUGAAAUCCAGUUACUCCAGCGAGAAGGAGGACCAUCUGAAAAACUACUGCGCUAGUGCCAACUACAUCCUUACUCUCUUGCUGGACGGUUACGGCUUUCGAACGGACACCUGGAACAACAUUGCCUUCCGGAUGCGGGUGAGGGCAGAGAUGGAGGUCAUGUCAGUAUAUAUGGUUUAGGUCCAAGGUAUCUGAACCAGCCCAGGUUUUGAAGGGACUGAUUGUUUGCAGAGUCUGUCCUUACCCCUUCUGUCUCUGCCCAUUUCACUUCCCCACCCCCCACAUAAGCCAUUCCUUCCUCCUCCUUGCCAAUGGUCUGAAAAAAAUCACUUUCACAAGGGCUUCUGUAGGCGAAAAUAGAUAUAGAUUACCUGUGUGGGAUAAUUAACAAAAUACUUAGCUGGAACUCUAGAUCCAAAGCACAGGACUAAACACUUUCUCCAGCAUGAGAGAUCCCCCAGCAACAGAGUUUAAUAUUUUUUUCCAAUUUUUUAAAUUGAUUUUCCAAAAUUUUUAAACAAACAAACAUACAUACAUACAUACAUACAUACAUACAUACAUCUUAACUGUACUUAAUUCAAUCUUCGUAACAUUGAUAAGUGACUUCCUCAAAUCCCCCUGACUGAAUUUCAGUAUAUAUCAUUGUAACAGUUUUCCAAAACAAGUUUCUCAUAAAAUUUACUUAAUCACUUAACAUCUUUCUUUUCAUCUUUACUUUAAACAUAUUAUUCUAUAACUUCACAUAUUUAAAUCCUAAGCCUAUCUGUUAUUUGCAAGUAUUUCUAUUUAAAUUAUCUUAGCAUAUUUAACUAAAUAGUCUUUGAAUUUCAUCCAUUCCUCCUGGUACUCCUCCUCCUUCUGGUCGCAGAAUCUUCCGGUCAGGUUGGCUAGCUCCGAAUAGUCCAUCAUCUUCAUCUGCCAUUCCUACACUGUUGGCACUUCUUGUGUUUUCCAGUUCUCAGCUAAUAAAAUUCUAGCUGCAGUUGUGGCAUACAAAAACAAUCUAACAUCUUUUGGGGGCAAUUCCAAACCUGUUAUUCCAAGAAGAAAGGCCUCUGGUUUCUUAAUAAAUGUACCAGGUUCUCUCCCAGCCCAGGAGAUGCUGGGGAUUGAACCUGGGACCUUCUACAUGCCAAGCAAAUACUCUUCCUAUGACAAGGAAGCUCACCUCUGCCUGAAAUGCCAGCUUUGUGUUGGCUCAUGGCAAGGCUAUUAGCAUUAAGUGGUGGGCACUGUGUUUGCCUUCCUUUGUGACUCUACUCUCUCUCUCUCUCUUGCAGGCUGCCAACUCGGAAAUUGGCUGGACUCUGGGCUACAUGCUGAACCUCACCAAUAUGAUCCCCGCAGAGGCCCCCCGACAGCUGAGAGGGCACGAGGAAGGGGUGUGGGCAGCCAGCAUUUUCUUCAUUGCCGCUGUGCUGGCAAUCUGUAUUGCCCUGCUGGUCAUGUAUUUACUGCGCUGAGAGAAAGGGGCGGCAUUUUGGACUGUUCACCUCCCUGCAGCCUCUGUGUGGGUUAGGGUGGGGCAGUCAGCACCAGCCCCUCAGCGGACCCACAAGCAAGCAAACACUAAACAGAUUGGCAGGCGCCACCAAGCCAGACCAGCUUCAACUCCCUAAGACCCAAUGGGACAAACAUACACUACUUGCCCAACUAACACUGAUUAUGCCUUUUCUUUUCAGAAGUACAUUCAGUAUAUAAUUUAUUGUACCGCAAUCCCCCCUCCCCAGCAAUAUAUUAGCUAUGUAAACCAUAAAGUCCCUGGUUCGAAACUUAUCUCUUCCGUGAGCUGUUGCAAAGGCCAGAGGCAAGCUGCUUUCUUUCUCAUCAACCCCCCCCCCAAAAAAAAAACACAGGGUGAUGAUAAAACUGUUCUGUGUUGCAGGAAUCUCCUAAGACUCACUGGGAAUAAUGGAGGUAGGGCUUUGACCCUCCCCCCUCGAAAGCACUCUAGCAAUAUUAUUAUUAAUGAAAAUUAAUUGUAAUAGGAAUGAAUUUGCAAGUACUAGUAAUAUUGUUUCUCAUCCGCUGUUUACUGGACCAGUAGUUCACUGGUGCCAACCUGCAACUGGCAAGUGCAGAUGCCUGUCUUGGUGGGCAAGAGAGCGGGACUUCAAGGCUGCUUAUCAGGUCUUCAGAUUGAUCUUGGCACCAAGGUGAGAGACCAGUUUAAAACAGAUGAUAGAUUCUCAGGCAAAGGAAUUGCAGGGUGCCAGGAGUCAGUCGGACAGGAGCUACAGUGGUCUGAUUCAGGCCUGGAAGAGGAACUGCCUGGGAUGGGAUCCCCAAAGAUGCAGCCACGGACGAAAAUGCGGACUAGAAACACCAUACAAAUACUGUAAAUACUUGGGGGAGUUGAUUCUAUGGGGCUGGUUCUCAUCUCCCUGUUGUGGACAGCUAGUUACAUUCUUUUUUUCUUUUUUCUUUUGCACCAAAAUAUUUUUGUGGGUGAAAGGAUCUCUCUCAACCCCAUCAGGAACAAACUUUCCACAAGACUUAAGGCAUGUGCAGGCUGUCUUCAUUUUCCAGUUGGGAUUCCGUCACAUACCAGCAAAAUUCAAAUUUGAAAUGAAAUUGAAUAUGAAGUACUUGGGCAACAAAAAGAGACCUGGACUUUUUGUGGCAAGAAAUGAAUGCGAUGGGAAAAUGCGUGGGAUAGCACUUGCAUGACCCGACACCAUAGAAAUUCCCUGCAAACAAAUUGGAAUGAGUGUGCAAUAAACAGUUGGACACUGUAUGACCUCCCUGCGAACUCUGCACAAACAAAUCAGGACAAAUGUUCAAUAAACAGGUCAUCAGGAACUGACCUCACAGUGCUCGCUAGAAAACUUUAUAAUUCUUUUUAUUGCACAUUUCUCAAAUAAAAACUUUGCUAAGUGUUUACUGUGGACAUAUGAAACCAGGAAUUAUCUGCAGUGCUCUGUUUUUAUUGAAGG